AUGCCUCAGAUACAGAUUCAAUCGGAAUUAUGCUCCAAGAGUCGUGAGAUCAGCUCAAAUCUUGACUGGAAACAUUUAUGCGAAAAAUUGAGUCAACUGAGCGGCGUUUUGCCCUCAGACAUGGAGUUAGAGUUUAAGUUUCGGAAUGGUACAUCCAAGACCGUCACCAAUCCAUCUGAGAAGGAUGGCUUAUUCGUUCAAGAUCUCGGCCAAGAGCCCUUUCAGAUUCAGAUCAAGGACUUGAAUGCAGACUCGUUGGCCAACCAGCUGGCUCAGGACUUUGUUCGGACCGAAAACGAGGAAAAGUCAUCACCACUUUUCACGCUUUCCGAAGAAGACUACAAAAACAGAAUGGACUCUGUGUUACAAUGGAAAAAGGACCAAGGUCUCGGCAGCUACGACCCAGAGUACCGCGCCAAGCUGGAACAGGAGCUUCAACGUCAACAAGACUGGGCCCAGAGACUCACUUUGAACGAGCGCUGUUCUGUCACGACCCACAAUGGGAACUACGAAAGAAGAGGCUGGUUGCGAUUCAUAGGUCAAAUACCGGCAGUGUCCAAGGAACCAAAACUGUGGUGUGGAGUAGAAUUCGACGAACCUUUUGGUAAAAACGAUGGCACCGUCGACGGUCACGUGAUGUUUGGUCCGGUCAAACCCCAGUACGGUGGAUUUGUGACACCUACAACCGUAAGAACCUCCUCUGAAUACCAGCCACUCGACCUGGGACUCGAAUCCGAUGACGAUGACGACGAGUUGUAA